UAUCUCUUGCAGUAUUUUCUUACUUGAAAAAGUAGUACUAUAACCAGAAAUAAUUUACGCUCUUGAAUUCCUAGCUCCGUCACUAAUAGCAUAUAUUAAAAUUACAAGAAAUAGGCACCCCACAUUAUCUUCCCAUCCAAAAAAGGCAGCAAACCUGCACAUAUAAAAGAAAAAAGGUCGUAUAUUUUCUUUUCCCAAUUCACAUUAUUCUUUUCCAAUUGGGAAAAGAAAAUCUUGAAGCUUCCUAUACAAAUUAGGCCCGUAAAUGAGAUAUCAUCUCCUCCGAGGCUAAUUUGAUGGCUUCCAAAACGAUCCCUUUGGUAUAUUUGCUAACAAUUUUGAUCGCAAGAAAAGGCGUAGAUGCCACAAUAGGUGUAAAUUGGGGAAGAGAGAGUGCUCAAAGAUUAAUACCAUCACAAGUUGUGGAUUUGUUGUUGCAAAAUGGGGUGAGAGAGGCUCGGGUUUACACGUCGAGGGAGGACUUGUUGCGGGCCUUCUCCGGUAGCGGCAUCGGCCUCACGCUCACCGUCACCGACCUUGCCAUCCUCCAAGACUACGAGGGAUGCAAGAAAUGGGUUCUCGGUAGAAUGCCCUAUUUCAACGUCUCCACCGUUAGGCGUGUGUACGUCGGAAACUAUCCAUUUAUAUUUGAAGCAAAAGACAAACCUAAAUUGAAGCGAACCAUAGACGUGUUGUACAAUAUGCAGAAGGCACUGAAUGAUGCUGAGUGGGGGCAUCAAAUCAAGGUGACUUUCACGCACGCUAGCGCCGAGUUGAAGCCCAACUUCACGAAGCCGUCGGAAGCCGAGUUCCGCGACGAGAUCAAGCCGGAGUUGGCGGCCACGCUCCGGUUUCUAGAGGAAAACGAUGCCCCGUUCGUGGUGGACAUGGUGCCGUCGUUCCACUUGGAGGAAUACAAGCUGGACCCGCUCUUCGCCUUCGUGGGGGAGUCCACCCAGGUGAUCAAGGACGUCAACGGGGCCGUCUACACCAACGUCUUCGAGUUCAUGUACGACGCCUUCGUGUGGGCCCUCAUCAAGCUCAAGGCGCCAAAGAUGAAGGUGGUGGUGGGGCAAGUCGGGUGGCCCACCGACGGCUACACCCGCGGUAACUCCUCCAUCGCGGAGCGCUUCUUCAAAGGCCUCCUCCCCUAUGUGUCGAGCAACAAGGGAACCCCGCUCCGCCCCGGGGCCCCCAUCGACACCUUCGUGCACGCCCUCACCGACGAAAACAAACUGCCCGCCUACUUCAUGCGCCACUGGGGGAUCUACCGCUCCAACGGGAAGCCUAAAUUCAAGAUCGACCUGACGGGUCAGGGGCGGGAUAUUUACCCCACGUCGGCCAAGGGGAUCAUGAGGAUGCCGGAGCGCUGGUGCGUCUUCAACGCAAACUGGACGGACCAACACAAGGUGAUUCAGCAGCUCAAUUACGCUUGCAAGAACACUGAUUGCAGCAGCCUCAAACCGGGUGGUUCCUGCGAUAAAGUUGGGUUCAACACGCAUCUAUCCUUCGCCUUCAACAUGUACUUCCAGUUCAACUUUCAAGACGAGAAAGCUUGCGACUUUGACGGCCUCAGCUUCAUCACCGUCGCCAAUCCAUCCACGCCCAACUGCAUGUUCCCCAUCGAAGUGGUUCGAGGCCAGCAGGAAAAUUAUGUACCAGCAGCAUUGCAGAUAAGAAACAACCCCAAGGCCAAAGGAUACCAUCAUACCCCUAAUUGUGGCGUCUCUCUAUUUUUGCUUUCAUUAUUGCUGCCAUUCUUUUGGAACUGAUAUACAUUACAAAUAGCAUCCAAGUUUUGCA